GCACCAGCAGCAGCUGAUCUAGUGGACCGGCCAGGUGCACAGACACACACACCACCACCAUACUCACUCCCACCACCACCACUCCCCCACACCACCAGUAUCGCUCGUCCUCGCUGCCGCUAACAUCUACUCCUCCUUGACGUAUCUCGAGUGCCACUUCUCUACUCUUGGCACAGCGAUUUGUGAGACAUACCGAGUGUGUUUUAAGCGGAGGAUGAAGGCGGUGGUCCAAUGACGUCCUGGCAUCGACGAAUUCCUCGGUUUGGGAACCCGAGGUGGUAGUCCAAACGCGCCUAAAUUUGUUGUUUUCUUUCUGGCACCAACUUUUAGAACGCGUCUGUGUUUUAACUCAACGUCGUCGUCUUAGUGGUGGUGGUGGUAGUUGUGCCGACGUCUGUAUUCUGUUCUUGUUGCUGAAGUGUGUUGAAGAUUUAAAUAAAAAUCAACCGGUACUGAAAAUUACGAAGGUUUUUCUCUCUCUCUUUCUUUCCCCGUGAAGAGAGCAAGAGAAAGAGAAAGAGGGAAGAAAAAAUUAAUGUGACUUGGUUGUAUCGUGUUUAGACCAAAACAGAAGAGUGUUAAACAUUCCAGUCAAGUUUUAGCCCAGUGUAACCGACACAACUAUAAACAUCAGCUUUGUCUCCACACGUCAGCCUUGCUUCAACACGUCAGCCUCACCUCAACACGUCAGCCUUGCUUCAACACGUCAGCCUCACCUCAACACGCCAGCCUUGCUUCAACACGUCAGUCUCGCCACACGUCAGCCUCGCCACACACGUCAGCCUUUCCUCAACACGUCAGCCUCGCCACACACGUCAUCCUCUCCUCAAUACGUCAGCCUCACCUCAACACAAUGGAGUAACGCCGCUGGAAAUCCGCAUUGGAAACUCAAUUAAGAAAUGUAGCUGGGAACACAACAGCAGCCAUAGAACCACUAUAGAACCAGACAUAGAGUCACGAUAGAACCAGACAUAAAACCACUGUAGAACCAACCGCAGAGAACCCGAACAAGAUCAGUGAUAUCCGUUAAAGCAGAACCAGUUGAAGCUUUAAUUAACUCAAAUCAUGAGUGAGUGAAUCGAAGCACCGAAACAGUAUUGAGAUUGAACCAGCUAUACCGAACCAGGCAGAACCGACGACAUAGAAAGACAGAACCAGUGAUAGAAAUAGAGAUAGAAGUAAGUAAACAGAACCUCCAGGAGAACCAGCGAUUGAAAUAGAUUUAGAGAACCGAACCGAACCUCCGAACGAAGUAGUGAAGCAAUAUUGGAGAUCCGAGAGAAAGACAAACAAAUACUGUCUGUUUAUGAGAUUCCCGACUUACGAAGAUUCCUCACUCAGCUGGAUAGAUGCUGGAAGACGAAGACGAAAUUGAUUGGAACUGAGGGACUGACUGGAUCAAGAACAGUGGUUGGGUAUUAGAGAUUCGAUUGGAUUUAGGGGUUGUGUUGGGUUAUUCAGUCAAUGAGUGUAUUCAUUGACUGAGAGAUCCUUUGAUGACAGCCCAGGAGAGAAUAAAGAGAUUUAACACCUUAUGCUGCUGCACCGUCGUCAGGGAGUAGAAGUUUCUUGGCUGUGUAAGACUUUUUACCUAUUGGAUACAUGUGAGGCGAGGCGCUCAUCAUAAAUGCUUAGGGAAAGAAAGGAAGUGUAGAACUACAGUAUUUACUAGCUUUUAGUUGCGUCUGGUAAGUGUUUGAGAGCUUUCAGAAGAGAGGAUGGAUAUGUAGAAAGAUUGUUGACAUUCUGUAGAAGCGCUGUAGUGCCCGAUGCCUGCUCCGGGUACUCCUGAAGGGCAGUAGAAGUGCAUGGAGGACUCGAUGUAUGAGCCAGGAGGUAGAGAGAGCGUCCAGGUGCUCGUCAGAGGCGGGGACUCAACCAUCAGGAUGCAGGGAUCUGCUCUCACCUCUCACCACCACCACCCGUUCACCACCGUCAUCCACCACAAGACGACACCCCCAGAAGGAGCCGUCCAGAGGGGGAACAACAAUGCCUUCUGUCACUUCACGACGGUGGGCAGGAACAAACCCGUACCUGUCAUUAGCAACCGCACCACCAGUACUGCACCACGGCGCCCCGUCAGUGUCUCCAUCGAUAGGGAUGAUUCUCUCAGUACUGAGGAUAUGAGACACCCCAGCAGGAGCGGCAGUGUGGUCUCACCUGUCGGUCUUGGUGACUACAAAAGCGACGUCAGCACUGUCAGUAGCGACAGUAAGAACAAUACAUUUGGGGGUAACACAGGGGGCGGGGAUGACCUCACCUCCCUCAGCUGGCUACACUCCCUCGACAUGGGGGGGAUGGUGCCCCACCUAGCCACGCCCCCUACACCCCCAGCUUCUCCACAGCCACAUAACCCCCUGCCCCCCACCCAGGCCUCACAGACGCCCUCCUCAGACAAGAAGAGGAAGGCGGAGGGCCAGGAAAAGGUAGACACCAUCGACUAUUCGGUGGACGGCAGCGUCAAGCCGCCGUACAGCUACGCGGCGCUGAUAGGCAUGGCCAUGAAGGAGAACCAGAACAAGAUGACUCUCUCAGCCAUAUACAAGUGGAUCAAGGAGAACUUUGCUUACUACAAGACUGCCGACCCUUCCUGGCAGAACUCCAUCCGCCACAACCUGUCCCUCAACAAGUGUUUCCUGAAGGUGCCUCGAAGUAAGGAUGAACCAGGGAAAGGUGGCUUCUGGAGGCUUGACCCAGAGUACGCCGAGUCUCUUGUCGAUGGGGUCUUCAAGAAACGACGGCCAGUACGACCAACCCUUCCUCCACCAUCCAAGACUAAAAGAAACAGAAGACCGCCCACUCACGCCCAACAACAACAACAACAACAGAUGCUUCACCAACAAGUUGGGAUAAAGGUUCUGGUUCAACCUGCCCAAGCUUUUAUGCCUCCACCAUCCAACAAACCUCCUCCACGGUCUACCUUACACUUCAACCAAGAAGGUGUUGAAGUGGAUGGGGAUUUUGGCGAGGCAGGCAGUAACCUACGUGAUGACUUAGUCUGGUCUACUAUACUUGGUGAAGAAGUUCAUGAUGAGUCUUGGCCAUGUCGAGCUCAAGAAUUAGUGACAGAUCUCAGUCAGACAGGAGACCCAUCUACUUACCCCUCCACUAUCACCACCACCACCUCCUCGACACAAUCUCUACAGCAGCACCAGCAGCAUCACCAAAAUCUUCCUCACCACCAUCAUAUCCACAUCAAUGACCAUCCGAGUUCUCAACAACACCAGCAGAUUGUCACCAUCACCACCUCUACCACCAACACAUCACCUACGUUACCAUCCUUAGAGCUCAGUCCUGCAUCACUUGGGGUAGAGGAGGAUCUCUUCACUAGCCCUGAGUACUCUGAAGCCUCCAACGAUGAUGCAGACUCUCUUACUUCUUCCCUCGAUAUUAAUGGUAGUGGGAACUGGAAUAAAGGAGGUUAUGGGGAGUUCUCCUCCAUCAAUACAUUUUGUAGUAGCCUCACACAACUCACACCAUUGGAACCGUCAGCAGCGCCCGUGUUAGUUCAAGAUGCUCAUGCUUGCUGGGGUCCUGACUCUGGUUGGGAUGAAGCUAAAACUUUGUCCUUACUUGAUGCCAAUCUUGACUUUGACAAUUUUAUUGACUUGGACGUUCUGUAAAAUUACCUAUACAUAACGUUAUAUAGGAAUCAUAAGACAAUAAGAAGAAUGCUUUGAUAUAGAAGGUAUUCAGUAAGUGUAUCUUGUAGCAAAGUGAAUGGUAGCUGAAACAAAAAUACACGUCAAGUGAAAAAUCAAGAAAUCUUGCAUGCCUCAGUUUGAAACCAGAAAAUCCUUACAUGAACAUAUAAAAACUUCUAAUGCAAUUUGUGAGAUAAUUUAAAUAUUUCUUCUUCGUUCUUUGAAAAAGAAGGAUUUAACCACAAUAAUUAUUUUCUCGGUCCUACUUAUUUCUUCACUUGGGAUUACAUCAUUAGAACUAGUGUAGGCAGUACAGUACUAUUAUUUUCUCAUAGAGUGGAAGAGCUAGGUGUGUCAUCAAGACAAUAUAGGCAAACUCUCUCUCUUAAAGUUGGUUGUAUAUGCUGGUUAUAUCAAUCUCAUAGCGAGUGAGUGAGUGUCCGGCAGCCAGCCAUUACCCAGCCUAGCUAUAACUUGUGGGAACACCUGAAUUCGUUGUGCCAUAUAGCCUCAUAUUGGUGGAGAAUGUUCACACACUUCUCUCGAGCUUAAAUACGUUGCUCCUAAAUGCACAAAGCCAAUAACUUAACACUUGUGAUAACUUUUAAAAACAAUAUUGGGUUUAUACCAUACACUUUAUUUUGUCUGAUAGAAGAUAACUGGGAGAAUUUCAUGAAUUAAAUAAUAAUGACAAUAAAAGAGAAAGUCUCCCCUCCAAAAAUUCUUACAGGUAAAAUAUGGAUUACUAAGUCACCUACAUACUUAAUCUAGUCAUAUACGUGUCUUUUGCUCUACAUUUGCGAGUGUACAUAGUCGUGUUUGCUAUGGCAGUUUUACCUUGUACUUAAUCUAGUCAUUUAUCUAUAAAUUAUUUUGUCCUUUGCAAAUUAGAGUAUUGUAAUAUAUAUAUAGACUUGUAUUCUAAGGCCAUUAUUGUAAUAUAGUGAAGGUAGCUUGUAGCCUAUCUUAAUGUUGUUGUCCAACUUGCCGUCCCAUCCUAUGAGACGCCCGAACCCUGCACUCCGUCCAGUCUAUAUCCGUCCAGGUCCGACAAGAGAACCUUAAGUCUCCGUCCCUCGGUUCCUGGAGCGUAUGCUUGAGAGUCUGUCUGCUUGCCUCUGAAACUUAAACCUGCUUUGGAAUGUAUGCCUUCUUCAUGCUUGUUAUCCUGAGGAAAUAUCCCUUCUCCUGAAUGUGUAUUCCAACUGGGUGUUUGAUGAAAAAUGUAUGCCUGUGUCUUGGUAUAUCAUGUUUGUGUGAGGGAUACAUAGCAUUAAGUAAGAAGGGAUUGCUGGUAUGGAAGUAUUUGAGCAUCAGUUCUUUACAUAGUCACAACAACAAUAUACUAAAACUGCUGUAAAAUGUUCUCUGUUGCCAUAAAGAAUAAACCAUUGAAAUUAUCACAUUAUUAAAUCUCGUUGGUGUACUGCACCAUAAAAGAUCUGGUUGGGUUCAGAAGAUAGAGUGUGAAGGGACAUAAAAUUAAAGAGAAUAAAUUGCAAUUGUGAAAAUCUAUAUUAUUCAAUAAAUAUUUGGCAAUCAUCAUAAAAGAACGUCUACUUUAUACUCCAGUUCAGACUGAUAAAAGCUAUUAAACUUAUGUUUCACCUUAUUAUCAUCUUCAUCUUAUGUUGGCUUAUUGGCCGUUUGGACGAUCAUUCACCUCUUAGAACCUCUCAAUCAAUAGGUACUGUACUAAGCAUGUAAAGGGGUUACUGAAUGUCCCUGAACACAGUCUAGCAUUGCUCUAACCUGGAUUUAAGAGGGUUCACACUUGUUACUCUCACAUCAUACAUUGUAGAUUAUUCAACAAGUUCCCAACAUCAAAUUAUUCCUGACAGUUUAUAUUAUUGCAGCUAAUCAACCUUGAGUAUUUACGUUUGAUCUUUUACAGCUGAAGAUUUACUUAACAUUCACGGCAAUGGGGGAGUAUUUGUGUACACACUACACAGUAUGAUGUACUCAAGUUGACAUAAGUGUCUCUGACUGACAUAUUUUUCCACUCUUUACCUUUCUGAGGAUUCAAGAAGCUCCUCCUCCACUAUAUCUUGUCCUAUAUCUUGAUUUUGUUCACUACUUCCCUAGACUAAUGUCAUUCUGUCCAGUGGUGCAAUGAAUUUAGAGACUUGGAGACGCUCAUCUGUGUAGAAACGAGUUUCCAUCUAUGUACUUUCUUUUGAAGACGAGAAAUGAAUCUGACUGAGUAUAUCUAGUCAGUAACUUUAAAGAGUAGCCUGCUUUUCUGUACACAUGAAGGAUGUUUGUGAAUGAAUCUAAACAUCUGUAUGAAACGAUAAUUUAAGGGGUGAUUGUAAAAAGUAAAUAAAUAAUUUCACUUAUUAGACAAUGAGUGAUUCUAGAACUAGUAUGAUUUUAGCAGUAGAAGCACUAUAUUCAUUAGACAAUACAGAUGAUCAUUGUAUUUUGAUAAUAUUGUAUAUUUAUUUACUAAUAAUGUUAUCAGUGACAAUAAUGCCAAAAGAUAUCAAGCUGAUACUCCAAAAGACAGGAAAAAUGCCAAUUUUAUUCACUUGUGUACAGUAUAUCGUUUACUUCAGUCUUUAAAAUGAAGAAAAUUAAUGAUCCUUUGUUUUCUAAUUCACAAUGAACUGUAAUCAUGCUUAUUUUAUUUAAACCAAUGUGAUCUAGUUUUAUGUAUUAUUAUGAAUUUAUUUAUAGAUCUCAGGGAUUGACAUUAAUUGUUGUCUGUCUGUCUCUGUCUGUGUCUGUCAGCUACAAAUCAAAGUUACACAAAGAAUUUCCACAAAACUUAACUUUAAAAUCAGAAAAUCACAUUUUAUUUAUAAUUUAAAGAUAAAUAAGCAACUUUUAUCAAUUCUCAAAGAAUACUACAGGUACUUGUAUAUGAAAAAAGUUGAGUACUGGGUAAUUGUCUUUAUGUAUUAUUAUCAUUAUUAUUAUAUUUAUUUGUGAGAAUAUCGCAUCUCUAUACCUGGUGGAACAGUCGACUUAUAAAAAUUAAUGUCUAUCCUUGAAUAUACAUAUAAGUUAAAGAAUGGGUUAAAAAAUGUGUUCACUAAAAUGGAAACUGACGACAAUAACCGAUAAACAAGAGCAGUUCUGUAUUGCCAUAUACAAUCCUAUAUUUAAAGACUUUACUUGUUUUUAGAAGCUCAAAACUAUAUCAAAGUUAAAUUAAGCACCAAAUAUAUGGGGCAACGUUGCAUAUCUAGUCGGGGCAAUGUUAUUAUUGCACUGUGCACUCAUGUCAUAUAUUGCACUAUUGAAGGAUAAAUUACCUUACACUUUUUUAUUAACAAUGUUGAUAAAAUACUGAGAGAUAUAUGGCAAGUAUAAAAGUGCCAUAUAUAGUAAGGAAUUAAAAUUAUAUAAAAAAAGCUUUGUUACAUCGGGGAGCCUUAUCACUCUGAUAAGCCAAGAGAUUAAACCCAUGUCUCGUGAAUUCAUAAAACCUUUUGUAUAUAUUUGAACUGUAACAAAAACGCACAAUACUGUAACAUUGUCUAGAAACUGUUAAUACAUUUGAAUACUUAAGAAAAGUUGGGUACGGCAGCUCACAAGGUUAACAAAGCUACAGUAUUUCUGCCAUCUUGACAUUACAGCUCUGGGUAAUCAUGAUUCCUUAUCUAAUAUUAUUCAUCCAAGAUCUGAAGUACAAUGCCAAAUUAGUCAAUUAAUAUAUACUGUACAUAAUUAAUAACUACUAAAAUAAUGAUUAAUAAGUAUAAAUUAUUCUGGCAUCAAUAUUAAAAGGUAAAUAUUGGCCAAACUUAAUAAUGGUAUAAAGAUCUGUUGACUGUGUUAAGUUACAGUACGUGGUCAAUAAAGGACCAGUGAAUGAAUGGUCUCCCUUAUAUGUAUGAAACAUCCCUGCAGUACUUUCUCCCCAAUACCCAGUGACUGGUGAUACAACUCCUCGUGUUCCCUGUAACUACAUCCCCUGACCCUUUGUGCAGUGUAAACACCCCCCCCUCCUCCUCCUCCUCCUUGAUGUUCCCUUAAGCAACUGCUGAUGUUCUAUAAACAAUUUCCAAUGUUCUGUAAACAACUCUUCUGUAAAAAAAAUCCAAAUAUUAUGUAAAAAACCCAAAUAUCUAGAAAAACCCAGAUGUUCUGUAAACAACUGCUAAUGUACAUUUUAAACCACUGCAGAUACCCAAUAAGCUUCUCUAACACAGCUUUCAUACAGUGCUUUGCUUGCACCAACUGUCACCAUCUGCUUUGUUUUAUCGACUUACAAAAAAAUAUACAAAUAAAGUAUAAAUGCAUUAAAUAAUAUUGCAGAUGGCUACAGUGUAUGCUUAAGCUCAUUGCAAACACGACCGCAGUUCUCCCCUGUGACGCACCAGGCCAGUUCUGAUCAGACAAUUAUUGCAAAGUACAGUAGAACAAAUAUUCCUCCUCAAUCUAUCAACUUUGCACUUUUCUCAUUUAAAUACAAUAAAAUAGGUGAAACACUUGACUUAAAAUAGUUACGUUAAUUAUCAAUAUGCAUGAAUAGACAUACAAGCGUAAAUUAGUUGUCCAAACACAGAGUCUACAUCGGUACUGCUAGUGGCACUGAAGAUUUACAGCAUAUAAUGUUAAGUACUGAAAGUCUUUAUAAAAACUCCUUCCUUUGACAUAAUCUCAACUGGAGAAAACAAUAUUGGACUUUAUUUCUCACACAACUGAGCAAAGUUUGACUGCUUGAUGUUGUCCACUAACUUGUACUGUAUCUGAGUCUCAGUUCACAUCCUGUACUGUACUCUCCCUAACAAGACAAUAACAACAAAAGCAUAGGACUUGGGCAUUUGACUUCAUGUAAUGUGAAGUAACAACCAUUACUAUGACUAUUUCCUAUGGAACACUGUAUGUAUCAUUACUGUAAAUACUAUACUAACAUGAUUAACUCAUUCUGUAUUGUCGGUAUUUAUAUUUGUAUGCAUUUUCCAAAAUUUGCCUUUGGAUGAUGACUUGUAUAAUACAUGACUAUCACCAAUUAUAAAUUUUGGAAAGACAGAUCAUUACCAAUAUGCAAAGCACUUCCUCAUAUGCACAAUGAUUACUAACACAAGGCAUUGUCGUGACAUCAUCAGCAAGUUUGACUUUUUAUGUAGUCUUCAAAUAAACUUAGUUUUUGUG